GCUCAUCUGCUCAGAUUUGUUUCCUGAGCUGUGAGGGUGCAGCCAAAGGUCCGUCUUUGGCUCUCUGCGUGAUAGCCGCAAUGGCCUCUUACACUGCUUACAGUGGCUACAGCAAGCCACCCCAAUCUUAUGCAGGAUCUUACUACGAUGAGAAGCAGGCCCAGGCUUAUGCAGAUUAUCAAGACUCUGUAUAUGAGGAAAAAAAGAGAAUUGAGAAGAAGGACCGCAAGGAGGCCAUCUGUUGUGAGGUAGUGGCCAUCGUCCUUGGUUUCAUUGGACUAAUCGGAGUGGCAGCUGUGACAGGCCUGCCGAUGUGGAAGGUAACAGCCUUUAUCGAGGAGAACAUAAUUGUCAUGGAGACCCGCUGGGAGGGUUUGUGGAUGAACUGCUACAGACAAGCCAACAUCAGGAUGCAGUGUAAGGUGUACGAUUCUCUCCUGUUUCUUCCCGCGGACCUCCAGGCUGCUAGGGGUCUAAUGUGCGCCGCAGUGGCAGUGACAUGCUUCGCCCUCAUCGUCUCAGCAGUGGGGAUGAAGUGUACCAAAGUGGUGGACCACAGGGCGCGCACCAAGCAUGUUGUUCUUGUGGCUGGAGGCUGUCUGUUCCUGUUGGCCUGUGUUACUACCCUAAUCCCCGUGUCUUGGACUGGCCAUGUCAUCAUCAGGGAUUUCUACAACCCUCUUCUGAUCGAUGCCCAGCGCCGAGAGCUUGGGGAGGCUCUUUACAUCGGUUGGGUGACCUCAGCUUUUCUUUUCACUGCCGGAGUGAUCCUGCUAUGCCGUCAUGCUCCUCACACCCAGGAGCCAGAUGAGAGGAUUGAAUACAACCCUGGAAAUAUCUACCAACCGGGAUACGCAUACCAACCAGCAUACACCUACCAACCAGCAUAUACCUACCAGCCUCCCUAUUCUGCACCCCCGCCAGGAUCUGUAGCAUACACACCAAGCCAGUACUAGAGAGCGAAGACGUGAAGACAACUGUGGACUUUUUAAAAUUUUUUUUUUUAAACUUGCCAAAAUUUGGCAUAUUUGAAUGAGGAGAAUCAUUGACUAAAAUCACCAAAGGCUGUUGCUGGAAAUGGCUAAAUCUUUCAUUAUUUUCUCAAAGAAGGCAAAGUGUAUUGCAGAGAUUUAAAAUUCAUUAUGAAACUGACUGUGCUAUGAUGAUGAUACAAUGUGCCGAAUUACUGUAUUCUUUGUUCCAUAUGCUUACACUAAAUUAUACCAAUCAUUCAGAGUAUUUGUAAUUUUUAAUACUACAAUAGUUAACAGUUGAUAUCACUGUCUUUACAGCCUCUGCUGACAUGCGCUUUGAGAACUAAUUAUGCACUAGGCCUUUUCAGAUAAUAUACCUCUGAAUAAUGUGUUGACUGUUCAAGAUUUUGUUGUAAAUAUAUGUUCUUUUUUAAAAUGCUGGCCUAAAUAUAAGUUUUGGUAUCCAAUAAAGGGAUAAAGUUGAGGAAAAAAAUGAA